CUCAUUGUUUCCUUAUGGUUUGAUUAAAAAAAAACACUCAAGUUACUGUCCAAAGACAGAAAGACUGAAAGGCGAAAGUAAGCUCAGCGAUGAACCCUCAAGGUGGUAAAGCCUUUGGAAUCCUUAAAGCAAAACAGGAUGACCGCCUGGAAGAAAUCAAUAAGGAGUUCCUGGAAAACCCGAAGUACAAAACCGAUGAAGACCUGGAAGAUAAGCUCAGGGCUUUCAAACUGAAAUAUAUGGAAUUCGACCUCAAUAACCAGGGAGACAUUGAUAUCAUGGGGCUGAAGAGAAUGCUGGAAAAGCUCGGAGAGGCCAAGACCCACCUGGAGCUGAAGAAAAUGAUCAAGGAGGUGGCAGGAGAAAUGGGCGAGACCAUCUCGUACUCGGACUUCGUGAAGAUGAUGCUGGGAAAGCGGUCUGCCAUUGCUAAAAUAAUCUUGCUGUACGAAGAUAAAGCAAAGGAACCUGAGAAGCCCACUGGACCCCCGACAAAGAAAACCUUCAGCGACCUCCCAUAAUCCUCCUCUUUGCCAACGUUGGCCUCAAGAUGAGUUUCUGACCCACAUAUGCCCUCCACCACUAAGGCCACCUAAUCCCACCUCUGUAACAUUGCCUCGCUCUGCAGCUGCCUCAGUUCAUCUGUUGUUGAAACCAUCAUUCACGCCUCCCAUCCAUCCAAGCCUGACGAUUCUACCGCGCUCCUGAUCCGACUGCAUUCUGCCCUCCGUAAACUCGAGACCGUCUACAACUCUGCUGCCCGCGUCCUAGCUCGCUCCAAGCCACGUUCACCCGUCACCCCUCUGUGCUCACUGACCUAUGCUGGCCCCUGGCCCAGCAAUGCCCCGAUAUUUAAUGUGGCCGUCCUUGCUUCAGGUCCCUUCAAGGCUUCGCCUGUCCCUAUCCCGGAACAUGGUCCAGCCGUACGACCGUUUGCGAUCUCUGCCCCUGGCCAAUCCUGGCCUCCUGCGCAUUCCUGAUUUUCUGUGCUCACCACUGGGGGCUGUGCCUUCAGCUGCCCGGGACCCAUGCUCUAGAAUUCCCUAGGAAACUGUUCUCGGUUCACUGUGAUGGGAGAACGGUGGUACAGCUUGGACUUCAGAGCCUCACCGUGCCAAAGUGAGAAUGCAAUCAGCCAUUCUGUCAGGCAGUGACUGCAAAGCAAAGGAGAGAAAGGUUUGCAUAGCACAUUUUGCGACAAUUGGCUUGGAGUUGGAGCUGAGAUGAGGAAAUUUCUUACGGAAUGCGUUUCUUGGAUCUGGGACGCACUGCCCGAAAGGAUGGUGAAAUCAGGUUCAAUAGUAACUUUCGAAAGGGAAUUGGAUAAACACUUGACAUGGAAAAUAUUUACAUUGCUUUGGGGUAAGGACAGGGGGUAGAGUGUAAUUGGCUAUGGUUCUUUCAAAGAGCUGGCACAGUUAUAUGGGCCAAAUGGUCUCCUUCUGUGGCCCAUAAGCUACCCCUGAUUUCCUUGUCAAUAUUCAGCCCCAGAUCAACAUCAAUAAAAGCGGAUGACCGGGUCGUUAAUUCAUUGCUGUUUAUGGGAGCUUGCUGUGCAUAAAUUGACUGCCGCGUUGCCUGCAUUACAACAGUGACUACACUUCAAACAGCUUUUGAUUAGCUGUGAAGCUCUUUGGGGCAUUCUGGGGUUGUGACAGGUUAUUGGAGGAGCGCACGUUACCUUCAUAUGGGAGAAAUCUUCGAAUGUCUGAUCACCUCUACAAAUUUGGAGAAUGUUACAUUCCCAUCCAGCAAUUUCCUGUUUACAAACACCACUCUCUGGAAAAUGAGACUGAACAGUUGCAGAAUAAAAGAAUUUUGGAAACAUUA